AUGAAAGCACUUUAAAUUUACAAAAAUAUCAUCACAUCUUCUCGCAACUCCAAUACUUAUUUUAAAGGAGUGAGAUACUUUGGUAAAUAAAAUUAGAAGUAAUAAAGUGAGCAGUACACAAAAUUCUAAGGCCAAUUUUUCAAGGAGUAGGAGUAAUAAUCAAGAGAUAUGGAGAUGAUGACCUUGCUUUAAAUGUUGAAUAUGAAGAAAGUAGAUUUCAAGGAGAAAUUUAUCAGGUCUCAGCGAAUGGCUAACAAUGAAUUAACUGAGGAAGAACUUUAAAAGCUAAGAGAUGAGGAAGAAGUCAUUAAGUAGAAAGUUGCUACGGCAGAGAAAUCUAAGACCUAUGUGAAUUUAUUCAAUAAAGGAGCCCUUAAACUCAUUGCAAAAAGAAGCAGAGAUGUUCCAAAAGACGGUUUAAAAGCAAUAAGCUUAUUUGAAUUUUCAGAUUAAAAUGCUUAAACUGUAAAGGACAAGUAAAACGUCGAGUACUAUAAGUUAUUGGUUAGAAAAUAUAAGAUACAUUAAGAUACAAUGAUGAGUGGAGUCUAGAUGAAUGAAGAUUAAUAGGAAGAAAUGACUGAAAUAAAUCAGAAGUUAAAUGAAUUAGCUACAAGUGGAAAUUCAUAGGCUUAGUAUACUUAUGGAAAAGAACUCCUUAGUCUUUUAAGAAACUAAUCUUUUGUUAAUAAAAAGGAAGAAAAGUAAUUCCUUUAAUACACUUAUGAGAACUUGAAUAAUGCUGCAAAUAAAGGUGUUAACUCAGCAUAUUUCUAUUUAGGCAUGAUGUAUAUGGAUGGUCUUUAUGUUUAAAAAGAUUAAGACAAGGCUCUUGAAUGCUAUAUAAAAGGAGCAGCAAAGAACAAUGCUUAUUGCUUCUUUGAACUUUCAAGAAUAUACUCUGAGGGAUAGGUAGUUGAUAGAGAUCCUAAACUUUAGUUCUUAUAUCUUAAAAGAUCUGCUGAGGAGGGGUUUGUUACCGCUUAACACUUACUUGGAAUAGCUUAUCAUGAGGGAAAAAUAACUAGGAAAAAUGAUUACCUUGCCCUUGCUUGGUUUAGAGAGUCAAUUAGAAAUGGAAAUAUCAUAUCAUACUUAAAUGCUGCUGAUCUUUUAUUCGAAGGAGGAGUUGAAUUAAAGUAAAAUAGAUUGUUUGCAUUAGUAAAUUACCUUGGAGCAUAUUAGAACGGAGCAGUAUUUUUAAAGGAAAGACUGGAAUAAGUAGUUAAGGAAAUAAAUGAACAUGAUAAAGACAAGAUACCAGAGUUUAGCUUUGUUGAUUUACCUCCAGAGAUUAGGUAACAGUACUAAAAGCCUAGUAGCUAGAUUUGA